UGAUGUACCAGUAAUCGAAACAUGUAAUGCCUCCCAAAAAGGCCGAUCCUAAGAAAAAACCUGAAAAUGAACCACCGAAAGAACUUCCCGAUUUGGAAUGGGACGAAAUACCAUACAUCGCAUCCAGUUACAACUAUAUCUACAACCAGAAAAUCAGGUAUCGAAUUCGUUCCUUGUUCAAUGUUCUGGAUGCGGACAGGAAAGAGCGAUUGGAUUUUGAAAAAGCAGCUCUAAUGAUACGCGCUGCUGGUCUGUUUCCAACUGACUUGGAAAUGGAUGCCUGGCUGCAUUCAGUAGGCAGGAAAUCCAGUACGGACGUUUGGUAUGUGGAUAAAAUGACCUUUUGUGACGGUAUUUAUGAGCUGUUGCGGGAAGGCCGAUGGAAGCCUCCUUCCCCAAGAAAAGCUAUCACUGCCUGGAAGCGACUGGAUAUGUCCCAGCGUGGAAGUUUGAAUGUCGAAAAUCUGACAAACAUAUUUGCGCAGGAAGAGAAAGAAGAUGGGAUGACACCCAGCGAACUGAAGACACUCUUCAAAUACGUAUCGCAACUUCCGCGCGGCGAAUUGGAUUACGUUAACUACGUGGAUCAGUGGUACAAACUGUGGCUAGCGAACCGUAUUCCGCGUCCACGCGAUAGGAUUCCACGGCGAAAAUUUGACGACACCGUGUAACGAAAUUCAUUAUGGAACUUCGUGAUGUAAGAAUAAAUACCGCUUUUCCUCUAGCGUUCCAUAAACUCUUUUAUGAGUUUUAUCACAUUUUCGCGUAUAGAACUAUUUAAAGUGUUAUCUGGAUUACUGUGAGUUAAUCAAAUGUCGGUAGAUGCAAAAUACAAUGAUGUAGGAUAAGAUAUUGUUAUUUCUUACUGGUGCGGCUAGUUUUGCACUUAAGCACCGUAGUGGCGUAAUAAUUCGGGCUGUUUUCUGUUACUGUAUUUAUUACCGGGAAAAAAAUGUCUGCAUC